CCUAGAACACAUUAUACGAAAAUGGAGAUAAUAAACCCGAUAUAUAACUGCGCCAUAAUCACAAUAAGUCCAAAUGAGUCGUGUCUAUCAUUCGAAGAGGUCAACCAAAGAUUAACUAUAUAUAACGAACAUCUAUCUGUUUACUUGGUGGCAGUGUGCGGAAAUUAUUGUGUGGGAAAAGCUUUGAUACGGUACAAAAUGGCGCGCGGUAUUUGGAUAUUUGCUGUUUGUCUAUUAGUAACAGGACUUUCCCUAUGUAAUGCAGAACAGCAGCAACUUGCGCCAUUGAAGAGAUCUGUGAGGAGUGCAAUGCAAGGUCUGAGCUCAAUUAUGUACGAAAAAGUAAAGAACACCGUAGUAAGGGAAUGUAUGGAAAAUGGAUACCAAAAUGGGGAUGAUUUGAAAGAAACCAUAGAUCAGGCCAAGGAGUGCCUGAAAAAUAAGAAGAUGUUCAUCACUCCCAAGGCUGCAUUCCUGGAUCACGUAGAUUCUUGCACUCAAGAGGCCGUUAGAAAAGUACGAAACUGCAUGCCUGAUGACAGAAAAUACUUCCCCGAGUUCAUCCAGGAUCUGAUGAAGUCUGUUGUGUCUAUGAUGUAUGAAGACUUUGACAUCAUGAGAGUUGACCUUGCUGCGUGUGCUCCUAGUCUCGUCCAAACGUCGAAACAGUUGGAAUACAUAAACUGUUUGAAAAAAGUGUCCAAAGAAACUGAAGACGAAGAUAAUAUCCCCUCAUCAAGAGCAGCUUUCUGCAAGAGGUACCUUCCUGCCACCGAAUGCUUUGUAAAAUGGGUGAAAUCCAGUUGUCCUGACAGCGAAAAUCUGAGAAAAUUCAGAGAAGAUUACUACGCAGCUAGCGAAAGGCCAUGCGAAGUUAAGGAAGUCAAUAGUGUUUAAAUGAAUGCAUAGAACCGCAUUUUCGUUAAAACUUCAGAAUAUGUAUGUCCCUUUAUUACUACCUGUAGCUAACGUUUGCCAGUUCUGAUAGUUUCCAUAUUGAUCAUUUUUAUAACGAAUGUUCAAAGUAGUCUGACAUAUAUUUUCCUAUUUGAUUUCCAAAAAUAAAGACGAACCAAUGAGUCCUCCAUACUUUACCCUGACCUCAUGAAUGAAAAUAUUUGCUACACAAAACAAAUAGAAACGAUGCGAUCACCGCUACCGAUCCACAGAACGUGUAGCGUUCUUGCAUCACUACAGUUUCACUACAGAGGUCAAUAUUUGUUAGGCUUACGAGAACGGUUAUUGGCAAAACAUUUUAAUUAAAUCCCGCGUAUCUACCUAAAACAAUUCGUACUAUCAAAGUUAUUACGUGGAUUGCAUCUUGUGUUUAAAGUGAUAAGAACCAACCACUAAACACCUUUUUGAGAAGCCCAAUGUUGAGGUACAUGCCCUUUCGCAACGCCAAUGACUGCAAUAUACUAGGUGACAUAAAAUAACUAGGAGUAAUGUAAUUUUGAGCAUACUUUUACAAGUUUUAGGUCUACUGAUAAAUAGAAGGUGAUUAAAAUUUUAACUAGAAAUUUCGCAAAGUAGCUGAGAUAUCCCACCUUAAUGUUGAUAAUUUGUUGAAGCUCGUCUGUUCGCUACACAUUCGUUAAGUCAUCGCGGCAUUGAUUGGAUUAGGUGAUUGAUCGUCUACUUGGUAUACUGUAUCAAAGGCCAUCUGAAUUUGGUUUGUUUCGUAGAGCCUCUAAUGUUUGUGGAGGGUGUGGUGAACUUUUACAACCUUCUUCCCACUAUGCCCCAUACAUGUUCAAUGGGGGAAAGGUCUGGAGAUCGAGAAGGCCACUGGAGCAGAUUUACUCCCGACGCUUUUGAAAAGUCUAAACCAACACGUGCGAUAUGAGGUCGUGCAUUUUCCUGCUGAAUAUUGAGUAAACAUGUUCAUAUUGUUCGGAUCCUGAUAUGACAAAAAAAGUCUUUACAAAAAAAGUACGACUCGGAAUGCCUUCAAAAUUUUAUCAGCGUAUACUUCCAUGAUAGCAAUUAUGCUUACAAGUUUUUAUCAAAAUUCAAUAAAUAAUUCUGAGCAUUGCGCUUUAUGUUUUAGUAUACGAGUAGACCUUCACCAUUUUCGACAAUUGUUUGGAUCACCAUGACUGUUUUCUCAGAAAUAAUUUCAUCUGAACUUCCAACAACUGUCAAACUGCGGGCUUAACGCUUGAUCGACUUGUAGUAUGAGCUUUCAGCCUGACUACCUGUCCGUGAAACUUAGCUGAGGUUCUUGACUCACCACUCCUGUCGAUAACCAUGAAAAAAUGCAUCCCACUGCUUUCCUACAACCUGAAUGGAGAAAGUAUCUUUACGGUUCAAUACAAGGUUGGUAGUGGAUUUGGAAAAGAGUUGAAAGGUGGAAUCGCCUAAUUUUUCUGGCAAUUAGUUCUGGUGCAGUUUUUAUAGUUGGCUGGAAAUCAAUUGAAGCAUUUUUGUUUGAUCUGCGAAAACGAUUCAGUUCUUUUUCAAUGAAGCUACCAAGCUAACAAGUAUCUUCGGUUAAAAGAUCAGAAAAUAAUGAUAUAACCAGACCGAUCUCAAGACAAAGAACCCUUCAACUCAAUAAGGCCACACGGAGGUGUUCAACCCAUAAAUCAAAACACAUUACGUGUAGUUGCAACUGAUAGAACUACCACCAAAAUUUAGUUUACGAUUUUUUUAUUGCAUAUAAAACGGAUAGACUGACCCCGCGAUGCUGCUGGUGGUGUUCUUUGUUGCUGCUUUGGGUGAAGAAGAACAACCGAUAACAAUGAAAAACGCUUCAGAAUUUCAGCCCUUCUGUUAAUUAUAAUGUUUAAGUUUAUUAUCUCUCAUAACUGCAGUUGUGUGAGCUUAUGCCAUAAUGAGUUGUUGUUAUGUUCAGUCAAUUUAGCAUUUUUAAAGAAUCAAUCUCUUUUGGGAGCAUUUAUACUUUUGAUAUCAAACAUACUAGAUAUUGAAUUAGCCGCCAGAUACCUCCGAGACGCGUUUUUAGUAUAUAUGUAUACUUUACCCCUUUGUGCGCGCCUAUAUCAAAAUGCUACUGCUCCCUUUCUAUUAUUAUUGUUUAAUAAAUAUUGAUGGUUGUAAACAUAAAAGAUCCCACGGUUACAAUAGCAUACAAUCUGAACAAAAUGUCGAUUUUUUGAAACAUUUUAUGUGCUACUCAACCAAAUGAAAGGGACAUUUUCAUAUACUGCUAACAUUUGGAACAAAUAGAUAGUUCUUCUUCCUACAAAUAAGACAUUCAACAUUAUCCAGUAAUGCAUUUAUAUAAGUUAACACUAGUACCUGGUUGGAUGAGUUGUUACCACAAAUAUCACCGUUACUUGUGACAAGAAAAUAAUUUACUAUUCUGGACUAAGCUGGACACAACGGCGUACCCAGGGGAGGGCAAGCGGGGGGCGGCUGCCCUCCUUUUCUCCUGCUCGUCAAAUAAAUGAUAAUAAUAUAUGUAAUAUCUAUCUAUGGGUCAUUCUCAUAAUAUUCAAACUAUUUCACUAGCAGUUCCAUUAAAAAUAUAGUUGGGUAGACAAUUACGGUUUUCAUAUUUUCAUGUUUGUAGUGUUGAUUUUUACUUGAAAAACCAUAUUUCCGAGAUCACUGAACUUAUGUUCUUUCAAAUUUGAAAGAAAUUUGAAACAGGUUUUCAUGGAGGUGAGACAGUAAAAACGGAGGUGAUAUCUGAUUUUCACUGAGGUGAGAUAUAACUCCAGGAGGUGACUAACAAUAGUUAAAAAUGCAAAUAGACGAAAGCAUCGUGUAACAACAGUGGUUUUGAUGAAUUUAUAUUAUUUAUUAGUAUACUUGUACUCCUCAAACUAAAUUGUAGAUGACGCUGAGUUUCACAAUACCUUUACCUAUUAGUGGCUUCAAUUCAAUAAUAAGAAAAGUGAAAUAUAUUUAUUGCGACCUGAAUUUUGUACUCCAUAGAAGAUAAAAAUCAAAAAGGUGAUUCCAGCUCAUCUGAGAAAAUAAAGGCAAUGAUAAUAAUUUGGUACUAAUACAGAUUAGGGUAAUAAAGGCUAUCCGAAGAAGCAUAUUCAUUGGUUUUCUCAUUGAGGUCUGGGCAACCUAAUGCAAUUUGAAUAUCUGAUACAUCUAUAUCAGCAAUGUCACAUCGUUCUGGAAAGACAAAUGUUUUCCAUCCAGAUAUUUUCCUUCCAGUUGCUUUCAUGACGUUAUAUUCACCGCUUCCAUCAACGCGAAGAAUAACAGCAACGCAGUGUCCGACAAUCUUCUUUCCAGUUAGUUUUACCAUAAUAUACAGGCCUUCAUGUUGUUCACAUUUCGUCUUUCAAAACUGAUAGUGGAAUGUCGUUGGAAUUGACACAUUCAAAGUUUUAAUUAUCACAUUCGGAAGGUGAAUGAACAUCCUCAUGGUGUAAUCGACCACAGCUGCUCACGUGGAAAUCUGGAAUAGGAUGCGAAAUAAUUCCGAAGUAGUUAAACAGAUGUAUGUCUACAUACCUGCAGUUGCUGAACAUUGUAUUUUACCAAAACCAUAAUGCUCGCAGCCUUCAUCUGCAUCACAGGUGAUACAUGAAAGUCGUCUCAUUUGUAAAAUGUCUGGAGCACAGCAUACUUUAUGUACUUUCAUUGAUCAUCUGGCACAAUAUGAUCUAACUCUUCAAUGUGCUUAGAUUUCAAACUAAGGAAUAUCACUUUCGUUGAGUUACUCUAUGUUUCUACUAAACUUUGAAGAUUAAGAAUGUCUCUUCCCAUAGCCACUAAAUCAGAGUUCCCCAAACUUUUUUGUGUCGUAGACCCCUUGCCAUGUUUUUCCGUGUUGGGUAGACCCCCUGCUUACCUGAUAUUGAUUUCCUGUAAAUUUCUAACUGUAGUGAAGUUUAGUGUUAAAAACUUAAAGUAAAAACACAUGUUAAUUCAUACAUUUAUUAAUUGAAUUUAAAUUAAAAC